AUGACAACACCAACACCCGAACUGGCCACGCUGCCCCUGGACCUCUUCUGGGUCAUUACGAGCCAGCUAUCCUUCUAUGACGUCGCGCGUUGUCGCCAGGUCUCGCGCUCAUGGAAUGAAGCCUUUUGCAGCGCAUCUAUCCUCGUGCCGCUGGCGAAGCGAUGGUUCUUGGGGACCCCGGAGGCCGACGAGAUCAUAGCCAGAAGCUCCGAUAUUGACAAUACCGAGUGUCGCCGUCUGUUUGACCAAGUCGCUUCCCGGUGGCAUCGAAUGUCGAUCCAGAAACCUCGCUCGCUGCAGAAAUACCAGCUGUGCGAUGACUUCGGCAGCAAUGGCGAGCGCGAAUGGUUCCCCAUCCCGCCGUGGGAGUCGCAUGCUAGCCACUUCAGUGACCUUGUUGACCGACCGUUCGGCGAGGCGAUGUGGACGUGUGCCGAUCACUUGCUGGUCUAUCCCAGUGCCCAUCACCAGUGUUUGGUGCUGAUGGACCUCGAGACGGACCGUCACUUUAUGGUGCCAUUUAUCGUCCAUGGAAAAGUCGUGCGCCGAGUACGCCUGCAGAACCAAGUGCUUGUUGUGGAGUGGGCAGAACCCCAAGCCUUUCACUGGCUCAACGACAGCGACGGUGUCCAUCGCCACUUUGCCUCGUCCUUCGACGUGACGCGCAACUCCGACGAUGGUUGGAGCAUUGUCCCGCGCAACGAAUGGAAAAUAAUGUUCCUGGGCCACCCUCUCAGUGACCGAGACCGCUUCUUCUCGUCUCAUACUAACACGCACUACGUGAUCUAUAUGUGGCAGCCGAACCGCAGUCUUUACACUGCAGACGAAGAUGCGCCGAUUGAAUCCUUGUUCGUCUGGGACAUUUCGAAGCCGUCCUCUUAUCGUCCGUCUCUGGAUCCUACAGGCAGUCUGAGAGAUCAAGAAUCAGACGCACCCACGGUCGAGGUUCGCUUCGGUUUCCGCGAUCUGGAAUUCUUCGGUAUACGACAACGCGGGUGUCCCAGCAUCCAACGACUAGAAAUCACAGACGAUGCCCAGGCUCUAGAAAUUACAGAGAAUAUCACUGAUGAGGAAUACGAGUGGUGGCCAUCAUCAUUUACUAUCGUUACCAGCAUCCCCUUAUCGGGCUAUGGCCCGCACCGUCGGCACCGAGUUGAGGCUCCCCUAGUGCCAUAUCGCGGGAACUGUAGCUUGCAAGCGACCCCGCUUGGGCCUGUGCCUCUCCUAUGGGAAUCGAAGUACCCGGAGAAUAUCCUCGACUAUGUUUAUCAUCCCAUCGACUAUGCUUCCAUACCGUCAUUCUUCUUCUGGGUCCUUCUCCUGAGCCGAAAUCCGGAAACACAAGAGGCAAGCGUAUACCUCCAGUUUCAGUCUCUUCACUACCCGCCCCUCACUCACCCGAAUUUGGACUUCGCGGGCCGAGCGAAGCUCUGUGGCGGCGAGUCAUACUUGGUGGGCGAAAACUGCAACCGAGAGCUGGUGAUCUGGCGAUUUGACCGCUGA